GCGGCGGCGGCGGGCCCGGGGUUGCCAUGGUAACCGGCAGCAGCAGCCGCCACAGCAGGGCCGGCCCCAGCGCCAGCGCCGGUCGCGGUCGGGCUCGGCUCAGUGUGUGGUGAGCGGCGGCGGCGCGGCCCGGCCGGGGAGCGGGCGCGGCCCGGCGGCCUCAGCAUGGAGGACGGCUUCUCCAGCUACAGCAGCCUGUACGACACGUCCUCGCUGCUCCAGUUCUGCAACGAUGACAGCGCGUCUGCUGCAAGCAGCAUGGAGGUGACGGACCGCAUUGCUUCACUGGAGCAGAGAGUUCAGAUGCAGGAAGACGACAUCCAGCUGCUCAAAUCAGCUCUAGCUGAUGUGGUUCGGCGGCUGAACAUCACUGAGGAACAGCAGGCUGUGCUUAAUAGGAAAGGACCUACCAAAGCAAGACCACUGAUGCAGACCCUGCCUUUAAGAACCACUGUCAACAACGGCACUGUGUUACCAAAGAAACCUAGUGGCUCUCUACCUUCCCCUUCCGGGGCCAGGAAAGAAACUGCUGUGCCAGCAACCAAAAGUAACAUCAAGAGGACCAGCUCUUCUGAACGAGUAUCUCCUGGGGGUCGAAGGGAAAGCAAUGGGGAUUCCAAAGGAAAUCGGAAUCGCACAGGCUCUACCAGCAGUUCCUCCAGUGGCAAAAAGAACAGUGAAAGCAAACCCAAGGAGCCUGUAUUCAGUGCAGCCCUUCUGUCUCUGUCUCCGAAAUCACAAGGGAAACGCCGGGUGACACACUGCAAAGAAGAAGGCUAUGUAAAAAUGUUUCUUCGUGGACGCCCUGUUACCAUGUACAUGCCCAAAGACCAGGUGGAUUCUUACAACUUGGAAGCAAAAGUAGAACUUCCAGCCAAGAGACUCAAGCUGGAAUGGGUCUAUGGGUACAGGGGUCGAGACUGCCGUAACAACCUGUACUUGCUUCCCACGGGAGAGACCGUCUACUUCAUCGCGUCUGUGGUGGUGUUAUACAAUGUGGAGGAGCAGCUGCAGAGGCAUUACGCUGGCCACAACGAUGAUGUGAAGUGCCUAGCAGUUCAUCCUGAUCGGAUCACGAUAGCAACAGGACAAGUCGCAGGCACAUCGAAGGAUGGAAAACAAUUGCCCCCACAUGUGCGCAUCUGGGAUUCUGUGACAUUGAAUACUCUCCACGUCAUUGGUAUAGGUUUUUUUGACCGAGCAGUCACCUGUAUUGCAUUCUCAAAAUCUAAUGGAGGAACCAAUCUCUGUGCUGUGGAUGACUCCAAUGACCACGUGCUCUCUGUAUGGGACUGGCAGAAAGAAGAAAAAUUGGCCGAUGUGAAGUGCUCUAAUGAAGCUGUAUUCGCUGCGGAUUUCCACCCCACGGACACCAACAUCAUAGUCACCUGUGGAAAGUCGCAUCUCUACUUUUGGACACUAGAAGGAAGCUCCCUGAAUAAGAAGCAAGGAUUAUUCGAGAAACAAGAAAAGCCAAAGUUCGUCCUCUGUGUGACUUUCUCUGAAAACGGAGACACCAUUACUGGAGAUUCGAGUGGCAACAUCUUAGUUUGGGGAAAAGGCACAAAUCGAAUAAGCUAUGCGGUUCAAGGGGCCCAUGAGGGUGGCAUUUUUGCACUUUGUAUGUUAAGAGAUGGCACACUGGUGUCCGGAGGCGGGAAAGACCGAAAGCUCAUUUCUUGGAGCGGAAACUAUCAAAGACUUCGUAAAACUGAGAUUCCAGAACAGUUUGGUCCAAUACGGACCGUGGCUGAGGGGAAAGGCGAUGUGAUCUUGAUUGGCACAACUCGAAACUUUGUCCUACAGGGCACUCUGUCAGGGGACUUUAUACCCAUUACUCAGGGUCACACUGAUGAGCUCUGGGGACUGGCCGUCCAUGCCUCAAAACCUCAGUUCUUGACCUGUGGGCAUGACAAGCAUGCCACUCUCUGGGACGCUGUGGGUCACCGUCCUGUCUGGGACAAAAUAAUUGAGGAUCCAGCUCAGUCUUCUGGUUUUCAUCCUUCAGGGUCUGUGGUUGCAGUCGGAACACUCACUGGGAGGUGGUUUGUGUUUGACACAGAAACAAAAGACUUGGUCACCGUUCACACAGAUGGAAAUGAACAGCUCUCAGUAAUGCGUUACUCACCAGAUGGGAGUUUCUUAGCCAUAGGCUCGCAUGACAACUGCAUCUAUAUCUAUGGCGUUAGUGACAACGGGAGGAAGUACACGCGUGUGGGCAAGUGCUCGGGUCAUUCCAGCUUCAUUACUCACCUGGACUGGUCAGUAAACUCGCAAUUCCUCGUGUCAAAUUCCGGAGACUACGAAAUCCUCUACUGGGUUCCCUCUGCCUGUAAACAAGUUGUAAGUGUGGAAACUACAAGAGACAUCGAAUGGGCCACCUACACCUGCACUUUGGGAUUCCAUGUUUUUGGAGUGUGGCCAGAAGGCUCGGACGGAACUGACAUCAAUGCCGUCUGCCGGGCCCAUGAGAAAAAACUCCUGUCCACAGGCGACGACUUUGGCAAAGUGCACCUCUUCUCAUAUCCCUGCUCGCAGUUCAGGGCUCCAAGCCACAUCUACGGCGGGCACAGCAGCCACGUCACCAACGUCAGUUUCCUCUGUGAAGACAGCCACCUCAUCUCCACGGGCGGGAAGGACACGAGCAUCAUGCAGUGGCGCAUCAUUUAGCCCCCACCGAGAGCCAUAGGGAGCAGCACGGGCAAGGAAGGCACAGACUCGCAUUACCCCUGGUCACUGUGAUUUCUGUUUUGUUUAAAAAAAUUCUUACAAACCUCAGGAAAACUGUGCCCUCUGCCGGCUACCUUAGCUUAGCGCGUCAGCGGUGCCACAGCGGAUCAGCGGUUCCGUGUUCACUUUUGUUAUACAAUAUAUGACACAGUGCACGUUGAAUAUCAACCAGGUUCCAGCGUUUACAUGACAGCGACAUCAACAGAAGUAACUGGUGUACUCUUAGUAACUUUUCUAUGAACUCUUCAAAAAUGGUCACAGAAUGCCUUUUAAAACACUGUACAUAGUCUUCACUGUUUCACCACCUAGCUUGCUGUCACAUAUUUAUGAUGAUGAGGCACUGAACCAUGACGGCUGUUGAUGAAUUGGUCCUAAAAGGGCAGAUACCACUUAGGAGAGUGAGUACAACUGAUUUGCACAGCUGAAUCAGGAGAUGCAAGGAUGAGGCUGUAUUUGGUGACAUUUUCCAAGGUUUCAUGACCUUCUCCCUUGGGGAGGCUAUGCGAGAGGGCUUGUGUCCUUCUCAUGCUAGGCAGUUUCUACUCCUAACUGACUUAAAUAUUUCAGCAGGGGACACGGGCGUUUCCGGGUUUCAGUGACACCGUCCUGCCUAACCAGAUGCGGUCAGCCUCUUCACGCCCACCUGGCUUGCGUCCCCCUCCCUUGUUCACACGCCCUGAUUAACGGUGAGACGUUUUGCCACCUUCUUCUGUGUAUUACUUGGCAUGAGAUGAUAUUGUACUUGUAUGGGAUUCUAGCAAUUCUUAGUAAAUAUGUAAGACUAGGCUUCACUGUCUGACGCUUACAGACAUUGUAUAUUUGUAUUUUACGACCAAGUAGACCAACUCAGAAAGUUCUCUCUUGAGUGUACCAUAAACCUGCAGAGAGAAGUCUCCAAAGGCUCCACCAGGUACCAAGGGCAGCUGCUUUUCCUGUCUUUUGUGCAUGGGCGACUCAUUACCAUAUGAAAUACGGUUGAGCUCUGAUGCGUUGAAUGGAGGUGGCAGAAAUUUGUCAAGAAGGCCUUAUCCAUUUCGAUUGUGUGACAGAUUGAAAUUUAUUGUUUACAUUGGGGAAUGUAUCUCAAAUUUUUAAAUAGAAGAGUAAUAAACAGACUUUAAAACAAAUAUUAAGAUUUUUACUCAUUCUAGGCAAGUAAGGGAAUGGAAUUAUCUGAACACUCUGGUUGUUUGGAGUGGCUGAUUAAGUGCAACUUUCAGAAACCUUUUUGACAACAUCACCAGCCUGCUGCGGAAGUGCAGGUCCCCAGUAAACACCGUGUAUUAUUGAAGAUGAAUCUGUUUGUAUGUAUCCUUGUCAAAUAUAUUCUAUAAUGAAAUAAAAUCUGAAAAGUGAA